CUUGUGCUGUUAACUAGAUGCUAAUGGCUGGUUUACACCGUGGAGUCGAUAAUAAACAUUUAACAGCGACCAACUCGACCCUGUUUAACGACUAAAGCGCUAAGCUGGUCAUGUCUGAAGGGAGGCUGCCGAGCUGUCCCGCCUCCGCCUCGACCCCUGUGAAACACGGCGGAGGAGCACAGCUGCACACCGCCGGCAGGCUGCAGGAGGAGGAGUGUGUCUCAUCCGACGACGACACGUUCUCCCUGCUCUCUCCCAUCUACCACGACAGCUUCGAGAGCGACGAAGAGCCGGACAGUGCAGCUCAGUCUCGGCCCCAGUCACACACCUCACCCUCACCCUCAGCCUCAGCCUCCAGACAAAGCAUCUCACCUGUCAGAUGUGAGCUGCCAAAAGCCCGCACUGAGCAGCUGGUGCCUGCAGCUGGCAAACCCACAGCCUCGCCUCCACUCAGCGCGUGGGAACUGUGGCUGGUGAACAAAGCCAAAGACGACCGUCUCAGAUUGGAAAAGAAAGAAGAGGCGGAGCGCCUGCUGAAGGAGAAAAAAGAACAAGAAGAAAGAGAGAAGAACCAGAGGAAGAUAGUCAUAGAGGAGAGGAUCCAAGAAUGGCUAAAAAUCAAGAGCGAACAUGAGAAACAAGAGAAGCUGCUGAAGGAGAGCAGAGAGAAAGAGGAGACACAGAGGCAGCUAGUAAAACAAAGAGAGACUGAACAUAAAGCACAGGAGAAAUACAAAGAGUGGCUGCGGAAGAAGAACCAAGAAAAAAUGGACAAAGAGAGGAAGGACAAAGAGGAGACCGUCAGGAGGGAGGAACAGGGGAAGGAGCGUCGAAAACAGGCCGAGGAGAAAUUUAAGGAAUGGCUGGCAAAAUCCAACGACAAAAAAAGAGAGGAUAGCUCCAAGACACCUUGCUACCCGAGAAGCCCGUAUGACAGAGACUACCCGUCGCCCAGCUUCUACAACCCGAUCCCGUGGAAGCCAAUCCACGUCCCGACCCCAGAAUCACAGCCGCAGAAAACACCUCACAGGAACCAGCAGAAACAUAGGAAAUACCAACAGAGACCCAAAACUGCGUUAAGCCUGAGGAACUCUGUGAGCGCCACACAGAUGCUGCAGAGGAGAUAGGACAUACAGAGCUCGACUCAACACGACUGCUCUACUUAAAUUAUUUUUCUGAAGUUCAGGAACGGUUCACUUAAGACUCUGGCGUUUCUGCUCUCACCUUACAGCUCCUGAGAUUUGGAUGUGCCAUGUAGCCAAACUGCGAUUUGAUAACAUUUUGAUGAACUGUCCAGCCCGAGUCUGUCAGGAGGAUAAAUGGAUUGUAGUCAAAGCA